UAAUAAUUAUAUGACAAUUUUGAAAAUUGGAUUUAUUUAAUAUUUUAAAUUUUACAAUUCCUUUAAUCUUGAAUCUCUAUUCGGUUAAUGAGUUAAUCCUUAAUUCUUCAGAACCUCGAUCCUUCUGUGUUCUGUCCGUAAUUCAAGGUAAUCUUAAAUCUUAAAUUGUGGUUUUGUCUUCCCGUUUCCUCAGUAUUUUUAUGAUAUAUCGAUUAUCAAAAUAGAUUUGUAGUUUAUACGAAAGAUCAAAAAUGUGUUAAACCAAAGUGAAAUCUUUGUACUUAUUAGUUAUUACACGUUUAUCUUAUUUUUAUUUAAUAUGAUAUUUUAAUUCUUUAAAAUAUGUGUAAACUAGUUUUUCUUGGAUAAGUCAAGAUAAAUUAAUUUUUUUUUUAUCUUUUUAAUGAUAAAUAUUAGUAAAUAACGUAUUAUUGAGAUGUCUGUUCUGGUUGACAAGAAACAAAAAAAAAAUACUCGUAAGCCAGUAGAUAAUGAGCAUAUUCAACAUGCAGAGUUCAUAAAAAAUUGUCAUCUAAAAUUAAGAUUAAAUUCUAUGAAAAUAGGUGCUGAAGAAGCAUGGCAAAAUCACUGCUCAGAUGAUUCACUUCUAAAAAAUUAUUCAAAUACAAUGCACAAGCUUGCAUCACAGUUUUGGGAUAGAAAUAAUAAAAACGAUCCUUCAAGUUGUAGAAUCUCGUGGAUUUCAAACAAUAUAUUAAAAUAUUUUCAAGAAGAUUAUUUACAUGAAAUAAUCCGAGAAAAAUCUUUAGCUCAAAAAUAUAAUGUACUUUGGAACAUUGAUGAUACAACCUGUAUACCUAAAAAUCCUUUUUAUCUACUUGAUGUAGGAAGCUGUUAUAAUCCUUUUCAAAAGUAUUUAUCAUAUAAAGUGUUACCUAUCGAUAUAGCACCAGCUAUAGAAAACGUUGUUAAAUGUGAUUUUCUUACAGUACCUCUAGAUAUACAGUUAAAUAUUUUUGAUAAUGUUUGUCAAACAUUACCAAUGUCCAAUUUUGAUAUAGUUGUAUUUUCUUUAUUUCUUGAAUAUUUUCCAUUGCCAAAACAAAGAUAUAUAUGUUGUGAAAAAGCUUAUAAUGUUCUUAAACCAGGUGGUUUGUUAGUUAUUGCAACGCCUGAUUCUAGUCAUGCAUCAUAUAAUUCCAUUAUAAUGAAAAAUUGGAAAAUAUCAUUAAGUAAUUUAGGAUUCUGGCGUAUCAAAUAUGAAAAACUUACUCAUAUACAUUGUAUGGUAUUUAGAAAAUGUUUAUUAAAAGAAAUUCCUAGAAAUUGGUUGCACUCUCUGAAUAUUAUAAAUAAUGUUGAAGAUUUAAUAACUAUCCCACAAGACUCAAGAAAUUACAACAAAACUAAUGAAACAUCAAAAACUAUAAUACAGCGUGAAGAUGAUGAUGUAGUUGCUAACUUAUUUUGCGAACUAGUUAAUGUAUAAGUAAUAAGUAUUGUUAAACACAAUUUUAAAUUUGUAAAAUAAUUAAAUUUUGUAAAUUUGUUAAA